AUGGCCCCCCUUGAGACAGAAUUCCCCGCAAUCCGCGCCUGCAUCUUCGACAUGGACGGCCUCCUCCUCAACACCGAAGACAUAAUAACCGGCACCACCAACAGCCUACUUCAAAAAUACAACCGCCCACCCAUGCCCGACUCACUCCGCGCCCAACUAAUGGGCAUCACAAACUCCACAAACAGCGACACUUUCCACAACUUUGCCAAACUACCCAUUUCCGCACCCAAUUCGCCGAAGAAUCAAGAAACGAAAUGCAUCUCCAUUUCCCCGACUGUCGACCCCUCCCUGGCGCAGCGGAACUCCUUUCAACACUCAGCAGUGCGCGCAAUGCUAACGACGCGUAGCUAUGAGUUGAAGACUUCCGGGGCAGAGGCGGGGGAUCUGUUGAGGGUUUUUGGGGAGAGAAGGGUGCUUGGUGAUGAUGUGCGGUUGGGAGGGAGGGGGAAGCCGAUGCCGGAUAUUUAUUUGGUUGCGUUGGGGGUUAUUAAUGAUGAGGUGGUGCGGGCUGGGGGAGAGAGGAUUUUGCCGCAGGAAUGUUUGGUUUUUGAGGAUAGUGUUGCUGGUGUGGAGGCUGGGAGACGGGCUGGGAUGAGGGUUGUUUGGGUGCCGCAUUCUGUUGUGAUGGGUGAGUAUGGGGGCAGGGUUGGGGAUGUGUUGGCGGGGAGGUCGGGGGUGUUUGGCAUUGGGAAUGAGGGGUUGUUGGGGGUUGUUGGGGAUGGUUGGGCUGAGUGUAUUGGGAGUUUGGAGGAUUUUGCUUAUGGGAAGUAUGGGAUUGAGGGUUAA